CUGUUCAUAUGAACAAAGCAACAGUUGUUUGUUUGCUUCAGGGGGGGGACGCAGUUAACUCUCUUUUAAAAGCUAUCUUGAGUACACUAGAGAGUUCCUUGAGUGUAAUCUAAACGCAAUUAAUCUUCCAACACUUUGUGAUUUCACCCUUGUGUCCCUCCUCCUCCUCCUGUUGAGGAAACUGCGCGCUGAGCGGAUGCCGGGAGCGCACAGGAGGUUUGCGGUGAGCUGUCUGUCUCUCUGUCAGUGAGCCUGCGCGGCUCGAUGUGUGACAGCAGCAGUAGCAGCAGGAGGAAGACAGACAGACUGUUACCGUGGCUGAAGGUCUGCCGGGAUGACACCGAGCACCCGCUGAGCGCGAGCAGCAGAGCGCACAAGUGGCGAGUCGGGGGGUGGGUGGGGGGUUUGUACGUGAAACUAAAAGAAGUCGGGAUGGACGGCAAAGGCACGCUGAAGAUGUUCGCCAGGAAGAAACGGGAACUGAUAAAGACGCCAUCUAUCUCGAAGAAGAGCCGAGCAGGAAGCCCCGGGGCGCACAGCAGCGCACCCUCGUCUCUGUCAAUCCUCCAGGAGCAGACUCGCAGAGAUGCAGGCGAUGUCACCCUCUCCUCACCCUCAUCCUCCUCUUCAACUCUCACACCAACCUCUGCCGGGUUCCCGGACUCCUCCCUGUCCUGCCCGGGAACCCCCAGCACCCAGCACGGCAAGCUGGCGGCGAUGCAAGGGGUGGGCUGCCCGUCUCCUGUGUCCACCCUGAAGAGGCCGACUGCACUGAGCAGACACGCCAGCGCUGCAGGUUUCCCGCUCCAGUCGUGGGUGUUCACUAAAGGCCAGGGGAAAGGGGCCUUGACCCCCCCUCCUCCGUCUGACGGUCCAGAGAGCACAGCCAUUGAGGUGGAGGACAUCCCGGCCCUGCUGAGGGACGUGGCACGCUUUGCAGAGGCUGUGGAGAAACUGAAGGAUGUUGUGCUGGCUGAAGUCCAUUUUGACAAGGGGCCUACACAAAGAGGACAUGACGUAUCCACAAAAGGUAAGGAGAGUCAGCGGCCCGUUGCUCACGAGUGUUUGGGGGAGGUCCUACGGGUCCUGCGUCAGGUCAUCAACACCUACCCUCUGCUCAACACCGUGGAGAUCCUCACUGCUGCCGGCAAGCUCAUUUCCAAGGUCAAAGGUUUCCACUAUGAGGCUUGUAACGAGGCGGAUAAAAAGGACUUCGAAAAGGCGAUUGAAACCAUUGCAGUUGCUUUUAGCAGCAAUGUGUCUGAGCUGCUGAUGGGAGAGGUGGACAGCAGCACGUUGCUCUCCCUGCUGCCCACUGAGAAGAGCAGGUCGAUGGAGAACUUGUACGCUGCGUCAGGCCAGGGAGCGGACGGGGGACACUUCAGGAGCGACCUGCAUUACAUGGGCAGAUGUGAGGAGGUGGAUGUGAUCCUCCAGCAAAGCGAGGGAGGCGUGGACUCCGCUCUGCUCUACGCCAAAACCAUUUCCAAGUACAUGAAGGACCUGAUGAGCUACGUGGAGAAGAGAACUUCACUGGAGAUGGAGUUCUCCAAAGGCCUGCAGAGAUUGUACCAUUCCUGUAAACACAGCAUAACGCAUCCCCAAAUGCCCCUCUUCUCCAUCUACUCUCUGGCUCUGGAGCAGGACCAGGAGCAGAGUGUCGGGCUGCAGCAGGCCAACACCACCCUGCACACGCAGACCUUCAUCCAGCCUCUGAUGCAGCGUAAACAGGAGCAUGAAAAGAGACGGAAGGAGAUCAAGGAACACUGGAUUCGGUCUAAGAGAAAACUGAUGGAGUGUGAGGCAAACCUGCGUAAAGCUAAGCAAGCCUACAUGGUCCGCUGCGAGGAGUACGACAAAGCCAAAACGGCAGCGUGUCGCGCUGAGGAAGAGGGAGGAGGAUCUACGGCAAAGUCUGUGGAGAAGAAGAAACGAUUAGAGGAGGAGACUCGCAACAAGUCAGACGAGGCGGAGGCCACCUACCGGACAUGUAUAGCAGAUGCCACCACUCAGCAGCUGGAGCUGGAGCACACAAAGGUCACAGUGCUGAGACAACUGCAGGACGUCAUCAAACAGAGCGACCAGACGCUUCGCUCGGCGACCAUCUCAUACUACCAGCUCAUGCACAUGCAGACAGUAGCCCUGCCGGUCCACUACCAGACUCUGUGUGAGAGCAGUAAGCUGUACGACCCGGGCCAGCAGUACGCCGCACACGUGCGAGACCUGCAGCUGCCAGAGCAGCCGACUGUUCUCUACACGUUUGAGAACUACUGUCCCUCCAGCUCGUCGUCACACUAUGGCCACAGACCAAGGAAUGACAGCUUCAACACGGACAGUCCUGCCACCAGUGUGGAUACAGCAGCAGGAGACACCGAGGCUCAGCGCAAGAGGCUGGGCCACAAGUCGUGGGGUUCAACAGUGAGCGAUGACAGUGUUGUGGGAGAGGGAGGCCUAGAGUCUCCUACUGCCAGCUCAAGUGACAUCAGCAAAAUUGCUCGGACAUCAUCCACUGGGACAAUGUCGUCGAAUGAGGACGCAGAUGAGAAAAACGGGAAUGUGACCUCAUUUGAAGCUCCAAACAUGAACGGCAUGGAUCCAGAUGUGGUGGUGUCCACCAGACCUUUCCGUAACAUCGGCCUGUCCAAAGCAGCCCAGACCCACCGACUGAGGAAGCUACGGACUCCCGCUAAGUGCCGCGAGUGUGACAGCUACGUUUACUUCCAGGGGGCUGAGUGCGAGGAGUGUUUCCUGGCGUGUCACAAGCGCUGUCUGGAGAUUCUGGCCAUCCAAUGCGGCCAUAAGAAGCUGCAGGGCCGUCUGCAGCUGUUUGGCAGGGACUUCUCUCAGGUAGCCGGCUGUGCCAGUGACGGCAUCCCCUUCAUCAUCACCAAGUGCAUCGCCGAGAUAGAAAGACGGGCCCUCAAGAUGAAGGGCAUCUACAGGGUGAACGGGGUGAAGACUCGUGUCGAGAAGCUGUGUCAGGCCUUUGAGAAUGGCAAGGAGCUGGUGGAGCUGUCCCAGUGUUCACCGCACGACAUUAGCAACGUCCUCAAGCUUUACCUCAGACAGCUGCCAGAGCCCAUCUUGCUGUUCCGCCUGUACAACAGUCUGAUGGGUUUGGCGAAGGAGAGUCUGCAGGGAGAGGCCGACACACCAGAGGGAGAGGAGGUCGAGUCCAACAGUAUUAACCCAGCAGUGGGCAAAGGGCCGCAGCUGGUGGAUCUGGGCCCUGACACUGACCCAGAGGUCCUGGUCCUGGUGGACAAGCUGAAGAAGCUUCUGAAGGAGCUGCCCAAGGCUCACAUUGCCACGCUGCGCUACAUCACUCGCCACCUCCGGAGGAUUGCAGAGCUAGAGGAAGAUAACAAGAUGAGUCCCAGUAACUUGGGUAUCGUGUUUGGUCCCUCCCUGAUGCGCCCCCGUCCGACCGGGGCCACAAUAUCCCUGUCUUCUCUGGUUGAUUACCCCCACCAGGCCCGCAUCGUGGAGUCCCUCAUAGUCUUCUAUUCAUCCAUCUUCCAGUCCAAAACCACUCAGACCGACAAAACCAGUCGCUCUACUUCCACCUCCACUCAGCAGGGAGUUAUUGCAGAUGAAAAGAUUGGGAGCUCUGCUGAUGGAGAGGAGGAUGAAGGCCAAGAGGAGCAAAAUAAACCAGAGUCUGACAAGAUGGAGGAGGGAUGUGGAAGUUCUUUAGGGUCCCUGGGGUCUAGUGAGCAGCUCCUCGACUCGGACUCUGAGCAGGACGAGAGCGGUCAGAGGACCACACACUCCCAGAGCCUGGUGAAGCAGGAGAGCGUGGACGACGACGACCAGCUCAGCUACAGAGACAGUCUGGACCUGUCCAGCCAGUCUGCAACCCAAACUGACCCGGACCCAGACCAGGACCAGGAACAGGACCAGGACCAGGACCAGGAACAGGACCAGGAACAGGACCAGGACCAGGAACAGGACCAGGACGACAACCCCGACAGAGCAGAGCCCCCUGCGCUGCCAGACAGCGGGCCCCCAGAUGAAGACACAGGGGCAGAGGAGGACCUGAGCGUCUCUCUGGCCGAUCUCAAUGUAAACCAGUCCAACAACAACAACAACCACCCAUGCUCCCCCAUAUUAAGCUUGUCGGGGCUUCCAUUGGCACGUCUGUGUGGAAAGAAAUUACCGCUGACCAAAAACAGGGACAGUGAGCCGGAGUUUGUCUGAUAUCAUAACCAAAAUCAGUGUGUGUGUUAGUUUAAGUUACAGGAUGAUUGAUCUGGUUUUUAUUCAUUUAAAGUCCAGAUAUAAACCUGCACUUGACGGCUAUUGUGUUGUGUACGUCGAGAUUUAAGUUUUAGGUGUUUGCAGCUGUAUUGAUCUGUCCUGGCAGUGAAAGCUCUCCACGUUUCCUGCUGUCUGAUGUCAUUUCAAGAAGUUUUGACUCAAAUUAUUAAAAUAUUUUUAUGCAGUUUGUAUUUUUAAAGUGUUUUUACUUGUUGCUCUUGCAAGCUUGAGGAAAGGUGUUAGUAAGUCACAUCAGAUGUGCAGAAUUGUGCUGCUGGUUUUAGUUCAGCACUAACAUUUAAAGGAAUUAUUUAGCACUCUAUUAAAUGUUGCCUGUAUUGCCUUGUUAUGUAUGUUUCGUCUAUUUUAAUAAACAUUUUAUUUUAAAAUG